AAUUCCACCUUAAAACAAGCCGGAUGGGCUUGUGGCCGGGAUCUCCACGCCGAAGAGUCCUGCCUCCGCGAUGACAGAGCAGCUGGAGCCCGUUCACCCACAUCUGCCGGCCACAUGUCGGCGGCCGCCGCAUAAAACGGUCAGCCCGGCGGCCAGGGGUGCAGUGCUUGCCAGCGCCCGGCAGCAUGGACCUCGCUGUGCUCUGCGUGCUUCUGCCCCUGGUCACCGCGGCCUGGGGCCAGUACGGAGACUACGGGUACCCAUACCAACAGUACCACGACUACAGCGACGACGGCUGGGUGAACCUGAACCGGCAGGGCUUCAGCUACCAGUGUCCCCACGGGCAGGUGGUGGUGGCUGUGAGGAGCAUCUUCAACAAGAAAGAGGGCUCGGACCGACAGUGGAACUACGCCUGCAUGCCCACGCCGCAGAGCCUCGGGGAGCCCACGGAGUGCUGGUGGGAGGAGAUCAACAGAGCCGGAAUGGAGUGGUACCAGACAUGCUCCAACAAUGGGCUGGUGGCCGGCUUCCAGAGCCGCUACUUCGAGUCCGUGCUGGACCGGGAGUGGCAGUUUUACUGCUGUCGCUACAGCAAGAGAUGUCCCUACUCCUGCUGGCUGACCACGGAAUACCCAGGCCACUACGGGGAGGAAAUGGACAUGAUCUCCUACAACUACGACUAUUACAUGCGAGGCGCGACCACCACGUUCUCGGCAGUGGAAAGGGACCGCCAGUGGAAGUUCAUAAUGUGCCGCAUGACCGACUACGACUGCGAGUUUGCCAGCGUGUAGGUCCGCCGCUCGCCGAGUGCGGGGACGCCGGGAGCCGGGAGAGCCGCG